AUGUGGCUGGACCCCGAAGACUCCACAGUGCCCAGGGGCGCCGCCCUGCGAAGGAAUGAUGCAAACAUCACCAGCUUGGCUGAGAUUCUGCAACCCUUUGCGGAGGAUGUGAUGGGAGCCCCCAUCUCGGAGCGCACCCCAGCGAUGGCCUGCAUGUCAAUGACCGAUGCAGAGGAGGCCAUCUACGAGCAUCCAACUGCUUCGGACACGAUCAUCGAGGAGUUCUACGGAAAUUGGGCUCGAAGCGUGCUGAGAGUCGUGCACUUCAUGGGCCCUGGUGAGUGCAAGGUGGCUCUCACCACCAAGGAGGAUUCACCCAUCAGCCGGCUGGAAGAAAGCUACGAGAUCAAUGCAGGGCCAAAUACGAUCAUCCUCAUGAGGCAGGACACCUUUGACUAUUGGUGUGACGAGCCAGAGGAUGAGAGUGAGGCCUUUUGGCUUCAGGCCUUCCUGCUCCGCGCCGGGCCGAACUGGACGCUGGGCGAAGUCAUUGACGGAGACCUGAGCCUCUUGAUGAGCAGAGGCGAUGGCCCUCCUCCGCCUUCGGGCACAGACGUGGUCGCAGUGGUGGCACUGUCUUUGCAAGCCUGCGGCAAGAUGACAGACCACCACAAAGAGUGGACCGCCUACACGGCUGGCGUGGAUGCCCAGCUGGAGAUGCCCAUCCUACGAUUUGAAUAUCUUCCAUAUUACAGCGACGAGGUGGACCUGCCACAGGGCACAACGUUUGUGAAGCACUUCUCAGUGCAAGAUGGUGUGGAGCUCUUUGACAACAAAGUCUUCGAAAUCUCCAACAUGGAGGCCGAAUGUAUGGACCCGAUGUUCCGACAAGUCAUGGAGGUGGGCUACCUGUCAACCCUUCAGAUUGGGCUCACCAAGAAGGUGGCAAACUCGAAGUCCACGCAUGCGUCCGUGUCCGUCGGUUUGGACAAACAGGAAUGGACCCAAAUGCCGGUCGCGACAAGCGUUGCAACUAACAACCAGCUGGCCAUUGUUGCGAACCGUUUCAACUACGUCUUCAACCUGAAAGGUGGCAGCUAUGCCUGCGACACGGCCUGCUCAUCCUCUCUGGUGGCCUCACACCUUGGGAAGGUGAACCUGCUGGAACAGAGGUGGGACCCGCUUGAAUGGCACCUGGGCCUAGGAACAGGCCUUACCCUCACAGUGGGAUCCUUCAUCCACGGCUGUGCAGCGCACAUGCUUUCACCUGGUGGUCGGUGUUUCACCUUCAAUGCCACAGCCAAUGGCUACAACAGAGGAGAUGGCACGGCAGCUUUCAUCAUCAAGAAUGGCACUUUCGAGGAGGAGAGGUACGCAUUUCUCCGCGGAUCGCAGAUUGGCCAGGAUGGCAGAAGCGCCAGCAUGUCUGCCCCGAACGGGCCAGCGCAGGAAAAAUGCGUUUGGGGUGCCAUUCGAGAAGCCAGGAUGCGGCCUCCCGAGUCGACUGUUUGGGAGUGCCACGGUACCGGGACGUCCCUGGGUGAUCCAAUUGAAGUGGGCGCAGUUCGAAAGGUGCAAGUCAAGGAGCCCCGCGUCGAGCCUCUGCUGAUUGCAAGCAGCAAGUCUAACCUUGGGCACCUGGAAGGUAGUGCCGCGGCCAUCGCGAUGAACAAGUGCAUCCUGAUUGUCAUGCAUGCCAUGGCCUUGCCCACACAGCACUUGAAGACGCUGAACCCGCACUUGGACCACGCAUCCUUCGAUGCAGUCUACACGACUGAGCACACGGCCUACAAGUACGCCCAGGGCCACUGCCAGGUGUCCUCGUUCGGCGUCGGGGGCACCAAUGGACAUGCCAUCUUCUGGGGAGAGAAGGCACAGCCCGACGUGGACUUCCGCAGGGUCUUCCUCAAGAAGAUCAUGCGAGCGACGCCGCCUAUUACCACAGAGGGCUCCACGGACCCUUCCCUUUGGGACUAUCGCGGGCUGGACUACAAGGCGACUAUGGGUGACACCUACAAGGUCUCCCUGGACAAGGACCCGCUUACUGGAGAGGAGACCGUGGCCUUUGAGAAGGAGCAGGUCAAGGAUGACCCUGCGGAGUUCUACAGCACCACUGGCAACCACAACGACUGGGACAGCGAGCGCAUGCAGGAGGGUUCCGUUCCCGGCCUCUACUUCCAAGACAUCACGGUGCCUGAGGGAGGGCAGCUUGAGUUCCGCAUCCUGGCAGCGCAGCUGCAGAUCAGCAGGUGA